GAAAUGACGCAGGCCGAGGUAGCUUCACUAUUUCCACCGGAAACCCGCCGAGCGAUCACUUUUCCUUCCUGUCAUCUCGACAAACUCUCGUCUUCACUCUCACUCUCCACGGAGCAGCAGGUCGUCUUUCGUCCCUUCCGGUCGCUAGACUCCUACUUCAAAAAUGGCUUCCAUUCCGUCGGCUUCGUUAAAGAACAGGCUGCUCACUUAUAGGAAGAGCUCUUCCAACCCGCUUCUCGCGUUGAAUCUGGAUCUGAUCCGAAAUAUCGUCUUUAUCCUUUUUCUUUUCCGGUACGUCCGCAAGACGUUCUACUCGAUACGCGGAUACGGUGUCUUGGGUAGCCUGCGCAAUAUCUACUCUUUGAUACGUGUGUACUGCUACUCUCUCUUCCUGCGCGCUCCCGGUGUCCGCGGCAAGGUAGAUAAGCAGGUUGCGACGACUCUCGAAAAGCUGGAAUCGAAGAUUGUUCCGAGCGGGCCCGAUGUGACGAGGUACUUGACGCUUCCCAAGGAAGGAUGGACUACCGAGCAGGUGCGCGCCGAACUCGACAAGCUGGCAAAUAUGGAACAUGCACGAUGGGAGGAUGGAAGGGUUAGCGGUGCUGUGUACCAUGGUGGUCAGGAUCUUCUUAAGCUGCAGGCAGACGCCUUUGGACAGUUUGGCGUUUCCAAUCCGAUUCAUCCGGAUGCCUUCCCUGGGGUUAGGAAGAUGGAGGCUGAGAUUGUCGCGAUGGUUUUGGAUUUGUUCAAUGGCCCGCCGGAUAGUGCGGGUGUGACUACCAGUGGUGGCACCGAAUCGAUCCUUAUGGCUUGCCUUGGGGCUCGGCAGAAGGCUUUUGUUGAACGGGGCGUGACAGAACCGGAGAUGAUCAUCCCUCACACUGCUCAUGCUGCCUUUUACAAGGCGAGUAAUUACUUCAAAAUCAAGCUCCACCUCGUUCCCUGUCCUGCGCCGGAAUACAAAGUCGACGUCGCUGCUGUGCGCCGGCUGAUCAAUCCCAACACUGUCCUCCUCGUUGGCUCGGCACCAAACUUCCCUCACGGUAUUAUCGAUGACAUUCCUUCUUUGUCCCGCCUGGCCACCAAGUACAAGAUUCCUCUUCACGUUGACUGUUGUCUUGGGUCUUUUGUAAUUGCGUUCCUCAAGAAGGCCGGCUUCCCAUCGCCGUACGAAGAUGAAGGAGGGUUCGAUUUCCGCCUGCGAGGUGUCACCAGCAUCAGUGUGGACACUCACAAAUAUGGCUUUGCACCGAAGGGCAAUUCUGUCCUGCUGUAUCGCAGUCGCGCAUACAGAAGCCACCAGUACUUCAUCUGCCCCGAUUGGUCUGGUGGUGUGUAUGCAUCUCCUUCCGUGGCAGGAUCCCGGCCUGGUGCCCUGAUCGCUGCUUGCUGGGCCAGCUUGAUGAGCGUCGGAGAGUCAGGGUAUCUCAAAAGCUGCCUUCAGAUCGUUGGAGCCGCGAAAAAGUUCGAGUCGGCUAUCCGUGAAGAUCCUCUCUUGUCGAAGCACUUGGAGGUUAUUGGACACCCCAUGGUCAGCGUUGUUGCCAUCGGAAGCGUCGAUGAGAACAUCAACAUUUAUGAUAUUGCCGAUGACCUGUCCGCCAAGGGGUGGCAUCUCAACGCUCUUCAAUCACCGGCUUCCCUCCACUGUGCUUUUACCAUUCCAACAUCCAGCGCGGUUGACCAGCUUAUCGCUGAUUUGACCGAAGCUCUCACAGAAGAGCUGAAGAAAGUUGAUGAGAUGAGGAGACAGGGAAAGGCGUUUGUCAACAAGCAAGGCGACACCUCUGCUCUGUAUGGUGUUGCUGGCAGCAUUCCUGACAAGAGCAUUGUCAACCGGCUUGCCGAAGGCUUCCUCGACACUCUCUAUAAGGCUUAAAGAGACCAGGAGAUUCCAUUCUCGAAGGCAAGUCAACAAGAGUCAAAAACAAGAGAAUCCAGGGUAGCAGGCGACUACAGGUUUUAGAACAGGAGGCAGAGUAAUUAGCAUCACGGCGUAUAUGGUUAGACUGAGUCUUAAAGCACUUGGGAAAUUAUUAUUACUACUACACAAUAUAAUGGUAUGAUGGAAUUGGCUUUAUUCAAAUGCUACAGCGCUGUAAUUGUCUGGUGAGGCAAACCAGGCCUUGACACGUAAGGAUAUGCAAGUAUAGUACAAUGCCAGCAGGUGGUGAGAUCGGUUGGUAACCAAGAAACAAAGUAGUGUACAGGUCUGCGAUAUUCGAAGCUGCAUCGAAUUGGCGCCUUCAUCCUCACCGCUAGACGGACGAGUUGCAAAGCCCGUUAAGGUCUUCUUAUUUCCCCUGGUACAUGUAAAUACCAGCCAUAGUCGAUCCCAACAAUAGAGGACGCACGCCCCCUCUCUUCCUUAUUUCGACAAUCGAAAGAGAGAGAAGAAAACAAAAACACAGCGGUAGGAUAUUAUUUAGAAUUCAGGUAUCUGAUUCCCCACGCCUUUGGAAUCUCUCCCCGCAAAAAAAAGAGCAGCCUAAGGUUAGCCACCUUACAGCCGCUUCUCAAUAUAAUAUCCCGGAUCCGGUUUCCUCUCAAGAUGCACCUCCUGUUUCGUUAAGGGCCGAUCAACCUCGCGCACCUCGACUAGUUCUUUGACUUUCAUGAUCUGACCAGCCACGGACUGAGAGACGGGGUGGAAGACUGUUGCCAUGCGCUUCUUGAGUCCGAGGGCUUUGAGGACGUCUGUUGUGCGUCGGGGGAGGCCGAUUGCGGAGCGGAUGAGGGUUAUGCGGAAGUAACUCAUUUCGUUUUCGUUCUUCUUUCUUUCUUUCCUUUUUCUUUUGGGUGACUUGUUUGCUUGUCUUUUGUUGAAUGGGAGGGAGUAUGAGAGGUUGGUUGUAGUUCUUCAGUAGUGGCUUUUUGGAAGUUGCGUUCUCGUGAAUAUUAUAAUUGAUAGAUGAAUUGAAUAUGAUAUUGAAUUUGGAUUUGAAGCUCCCUCGUUUAUCUCUUCUUCUUUGCUUGUUUGAAUUCGAAGUAUGGAUCCGUUUCGGGAAGAGGACUUGUUGGAAGAACUCGGAAUCCUCGACUGGUCGGUCGGUAAUGAGGAUGUGACGAGCUCACUCACGAUUUCCAAUCCAACAGCUCGUUCGGACUAUAGGGAUUUUGUGAUAAUACGGAGUAACGGUUUUCGAAUUCCUCAAUUCGCUCGAUUCGCACUGCACUCUUCUCCGCAACGACAAUCG